AGUGUGGCAGUCUACUACUUAACUGCGGGUGCGUGGUAUGGAGGCCUACGAGCAGGUCCAAAAGGGACCCCUGAAACUAAAAGGCGUUGCAGAGCUCGGCGUGACCAAGCGGAAGAAGAAAAAGAAGGACAAAGACAAGGCGAAACUCCUGGAAGCAAUGGGAACGAGCAAGAAGAACGAGGAGGAGAAGCGGCGUGGCCUGGACAAGAGGACCCCGGCCCAGGUGGCCUUCGAGAAGAUGCAGGAGAAGCGGCAAAUGGAAAGAAUCCUGAAGAAAGCAUCUAAAACCCACAAGCAGAGAGUGGAGGAUUUCAACAGACACCUGGAUACACUCACAGAGCAUUACGACAUUCCCAAAGUCAGCUGGACAAAGUAGCCUCCUGGCCAUGGGUCUGGAGUGGCAUCAAGAGCAAGCAGAAGGCCAAUUUGGGGUUAUGUUUCGUCCCUCUGGUAUUUUCUAGAAACAAUGCUUUACACACACCCUCGUGGUUUCUGCUGUGACAGUACUUUUGGAAGAUGUGUAACCUCAUUUUGGAACUGAUUAAAGUAAGACUGUCCUUUUACUCAACUUAGGUUUCUUGGUAACACACGGAAGAUACACCUUUUUCGUUCGGAUAGAAAGUUUUGAAGGUUCAUCUAGAGAAGGGGUUCUCAGACUUUUUAAACAGGGGGUCAGUUCACUGUCCCUCAGACCAUUGGAAGGCUGGACUGCAUGCCCCGGGAGGAGUCGGCUGCUAAG